AUGUUCGGCCUCGCUGGUAUUCAACGACGAGCUUUCUCCUCCACCGCGAGGAAUCUCUCCAAGGUUGCCGUCCUCGGUGCUGCCGGUGGUAUUGGCCAGCCUCUCUCCCUCCUCCUGAAGCUCAACCCCAAGGUUACCGAGCUCGCCCUCUACGAUAUCCGUGGAGCUCCCGGUGUCGCCGCUGAUGUCUCCCACGUCAACACCAAGAGCACCGUCAAGGGCUACGAUACCUCCGGCUCCGGCCUCGCCGAUGCUCUCAAGGGCGCCAAGGUCGUCCUCAUCCCCGCCGGUGUCCCCCGCAAGCCCGGCAUGACCCGCGACGACCUCUUCAACACCAACGCCUCCAUCGUCCGCGACCUGGCCACCGCCUGCGCCGAGCACUGCCCCGACGCCAACCUCCUCAUCAUCAGCAACCCCGUCAACAGCACCGUCCCCAUCUGCGCCGAAGUCUUCAAGUCCAAGGGCGUCUACAACCCCCUGCGCCUCUUCGGCGUCACCACCCUCGACGUCGUUCGUGCUUCGCGCUUCGUCUCCGAGAUCAAGGGCACUAACCCCAAGGAUGAGAACAUCACCGUCGUUGGCGGUCACUCUGGCCACACCAUCGUUCCUCUCUUCUCGCAGAGCAACCACCCCGACCUCUCUUCUAACGCUGAGCUCGUCCACCGUGUCCAGUUCGGUGGUGACGAGGUCGUCAAGGCUAAGGAUGGUGCUGGCUCCGCUACCCUCUCCAUGGCCAUGGCUGGUGCCCGCUUCGCUGACUCCGUCCUCCGUGCCGCUGAUGGCGAGAAGGGCGUCAUCGAGCCUACCUUCGUCGACUCUCCUCUCUACAAGGACCAGGGCAUCGAGUUCUUCUCCUCCAAGGUCGAGCUCGGCCCCAACGGUGUUGAGAAGAUCUUCCCCGUCGGUGAGGUCGAUGCCACCGAGAAGGGUCUCCUCGAGGCCUGCUUCGGUGACCUCAAGACCAACAUCGCCAAGGGUGUUGAGUUCGCCAACAAGAAAUAA